AUGAAGGUCCUCUCUCUAGGACUACCUCGAACUGGAUCGGCUUCUAUUGCAAAAGCUUUAACAAUCUUGGGCUACGAAAAUGUUUGUCAUGGGGUAGACAUUGUUGAUAAAAAUCCCGGGCUCAUUGCGCCGCUUGCCCGCGCUGCGGAUGCAUCUUUCCCAGUCCUCCCAACCUACAGAGGGACAGAUUUUACUCUGGAGGAGUGGGAAGAGAUAUACUGGAAUUGCGAAGCCAGCACAGACGUGGCCGGGAUGUUUGCAACUCAGCUCAUCAAGUGCUACCCAAAUGCCAAAGUUAUCCUUGUCAUCCGGCCUUUCGAUCAAUGGUACGAGAGCUUGAAUGAUGGCGUCUUCAAGUACUUGUUCGGCUGGCCGGCGGACUUCUAUUGUUCUUUUUUGGAGCCGCUGUUUGGUUCGCAGUAUCUGGGCGGUUGUCGCAAGAUAGUCCUGGGUAUGUUCAACGCCAGGAAUGUGCAUGAGAUUCGCGCGAAUGCCAGGUCCCUCUAUGAUCGCCAGCACGCUCAGAUACGAAAGAUGAAGGAUCCGUCUGAGCUUCUCAUUUUCGAUUUGAAGACAGGUUGGGGCCCUCUUUGCGAAUUUCUCCAGAGGCCGGUACCCAACGUGCCCUUCCCAAGGGUAAAUGAGAGAGCGGCUAUCCAGGCGAAAAUUGUGGAAAUCAUCAACAGGGAUGCAAAACGCGCGGCGAAGAAGUCUUUUCCAUGGCUAUUCGCACUAGUUGUCAUUGGCUUUGCCAUGUACAUGAGACUGACGACGUACUCGGAGCUGACGAAUUUGGAUAUUCUCAACAAUGUCUUCCUCAACUCUACUCGAAAUGCGUUUCAAACUGGGAGUAUUACCAAAAUUUUGCAAUAG